AUGAUAGAAGAAAUUUUAUCUGACGGUAGUAGCAAGGAUCUAAGUGGUGACAGUAUUUCAUGUUCUGAUCGAGAGCAAUCACCAUUAUGUUUUUGUCAAUCAUCGUAUCGACGUUCGUUAAUAACGAAUAUAUUUCUUUCUAAAAUAUCUCUCUCUCAAUGUGCUAAUAAAUAUUCUACUCGUCAAUGUCGUCAAGGUCGAUUUUCUCCAUCGUCAACACAUGUCACUCAACUUAUACCCAAUCUUGUUAAUCAUAGCCACUGUAUAGAAGAUGAUCGUUGUCUACAUGCAUUACGUAUUAUACAACGUUGCUAUCAAUGUCAAAUAACACCUUCAUCAUCACCAAACGAAAAUACUUCGUAUACAGUUAGUACAUCACCGAAUGAUCUUCCAGCAGAUUCAUGUUUUCAUGUUUGUGAACAUGAUAAAUCAUGUGGAUUCUUAUGUUUUGAUAGACGUAUAACAUUCACAGUUGAAUGUAAAUUAUGUCGAGGAUAUCGACGAAAUGUUACAUGUCGUUGUGCUAGAGAAAAACAAUCUCAAACAUGUUUUCAAUCAACACCAGAAACAACAACACCACGUUGGAUGCAAAAACGUGGUUUUCCAGCUGCAGGAAUACUUGCAUUACUUGUUACAGUUACUAUUUUAAUGAUUAUUGUUAUAAAAUUAAUUAAUCGUCGGAUAGGUGUAUUAGCUCAACGUAAACAUGGUUCUGUUCGUCGUUCAAUAACGACAAUAACAACAUAUCGAAGUCGACAACCAUCACCAUCAAUAGCAACUAGUUAUCCAAAUACACCACUUAUUCCUUCUGUACAAUUACGAAAUGAUCUUCUUAAUGCUAAUACAAUGGUUGAAUUACUAAAUGAUAAAUCACAAGAAUAUGUUGUAGAUAUUCAUCGACAUGAUGAUGAUGAAGAUGAACUAAGUGUUUUUCUAUUAGAAAAAACAUCAACAUUACAUUCAAAAUCAAAAGAAAUCGCCGAUGAUGAUGAUGAUGAUGAUGAUGAUGAUGUAGUAGAAGAAGAAAAUCAAACUUGA